CAAAUUUGGCGUUGUUUGGUCAUUGGUGCUCCUUCUCGAUUCUAAUCAUGAAAUUUUUCACUCAUUUACUUGCUUUAUGAAAUAUUUGCUAAUAUUCAGUAGCGUAGCUAGGGUGGGGCAAGGGGGGAUAUCUGUCCUCGGGCGCAGCAUCCAAGGGGCGCCAGAUUGAUGAUACACCUUUCAGAAUGAAAUGUUUUCCAUUCUUGGAACACAGAAAGGGGCGCAAAAUCUUUAGAUGUCCCCGGGCGCUUAAAACCUUAGCUACGUCUCUGCUAAUAUUCAAUAAAUAUUUAUUCAAAUUUUAAUUGUUUCUGCGUUGUAGUCGUUUGAUUCAUAUAUUUAUUUGAGUGAUAUGCAGAAUCGCCCAGAUUUUAGAUGCAUAUGUCUUAAAUACACUCUAAUUAAAACAUUUCUUUUUUUAGUUGUUUCAGUAAAUAAAUGCUUAGUAAAAUUUGGGAGAACACGAAAUCAGAAAAACGGAAACCAAAGAAUUGUGUACCAAAGAAUAUAUACGUACAUAAUCUUGUGAACGCAUAUUCUUUGUGUGUAUCCUGAGCCAAAUGAGCGAUAAAUUGCUGAGCAUGGCAACCACUCCACAUGAGUUAUUCCUUUGCCUUUCCACAUGUGUUUGUUUAUUUACCUUUCAUUACAUACAGCAUUUUGAUAUUUUAUGAAUUUCUGUGUUUUCAUUAUUAAUCGAUAUUUACGAACAAAAGACAUAUCAAAAUUAAACUGUUUUCUUAAUACAGAACUGCAGUCCAAUGGAUAAAAAGAAAAUAUCGAAUGAGAAACGUUUGCAGGCAGUAAAAGCAUGGAAAAAAAAUCAAAGGAAUGUUGGCGGCUGUUGUGGAAAACGUACGGUUUUUGAAGAUGUCAGCAAAGAGGAAAAUAAAUUGAAAUUAUUUGAUUCAGAUAAUGAAGAGGAUAACUAUGAUGAUGCUUUUAAUAUUCGCCCUCAGUUUGAGGGGCCUAGAGGUCAACAGUUACUUGAAAUGAGUUCUGAGCUAUCGAGUCGGUUUAAACUAGAUGAACGCUUCAAAGAUGAUGAUCAUGAACAGUUUGAAAAGGAAGAAGAAAAUGAUGAAAUGAAAAAAAAUCUUAAAAUACUGGAAUCUGUGUUGGGUCAUGAAGUUAUUCCCAAACAUAAUACUGAAGGAAAAGCAAAGAAACGUCAGUUGAUGAGAUUUGACCCAGAGGAUGAGAAUGCAUCAAAAUACAUGAAAAGAAAUGAAGUUAGUGAUGAGAAGAAACCAAAGAAAAUAAAUAAAAAGAAUAAAUGUGAUCAAAAUACUGCUGAAGAAAUACCUAUAUCAUCUGAACGGUAUACAGAAGUAAGCUGCAAUUUAAAAGAUGUGCUAAAUUCAGCUUCUGCUCCAUUUUCACUUUCCCAAAAAUUUAAUACCAGUGCAGAACCUUUAGCACAAGAAAGUCACAGAAAUGAUUUUUUUUCUUCUGAAAAUACUGAAGCAGCACAUUUUGAUUCAAGAACACAGUCUGAUGAUGUUACUCCUAAGAAAGAAAAGCCGAUAAUAUUUGAAAGUAAAGUUUUAAAGAAGGAGAGAUUUUUUGUAUCAGAAGGAGAUCCUCGUUUAAAAGAAGGUGUAGAUUUUUUCAUGUGUCAUAAACCAUUAGAUGUGAUUAAAGAAGAAUGGAAACUGAACAGAGAAGAAGUUUUGGAAAUAUUUAGGCAGAGGAAAAGAACAAAUCAGAAAAAGCAUGCAAAUAAAGUUCAAAAUGUACAGAAGAAGUAUGCUUUCAGAAAAGCCAUGUAACAUUUUCUAGAAAUAAAUUGUGUACACAUAUUGUAAA